UGCGAUCGACUGCGAGAAUCUGGACGCGAUGCCGCAAAAUGAGCAUAUCGGCACACUGAAUUUCAUGAGCGUGAACAACCUCGAGGGCAACAGCAACAAGCGCACCGAGCUCGACGACUGGGAGGCACUGAUUUAUGUCUUGGUGUGGCUCGGGACAUUUGGACUCAAUGGCAUGUCUAAAUAUGACAGUGACACAGAUGAGCACAGAAGGAUUGCAGGUGCUAAAAUCAACUAUUGGGUUGACAGCACAACAUUGAAGGACAUUGCCAGAUACAAGCGCGACAAUUUGGACAACAGUUCCAGUUUUAAAUCUAUUCUCAACGAGUUUGAUAGUAGUGUGGAUCAUAUCAAUGUUCUUGCAGAAUUGUUGAUUAUGAUGCGCAAUAUUCUAAUCGACAAUGCGGGAUGCAGUGAGAAUGGCAGGGAUGCAAAUAUGAAACAGCCUUUUAACCAUGGCAACUGUGAAUCAUCCGCCUCAAAAGUCACGCCUAGUUCACUUUCUCCAUUAUCCAAAUCCGCAUUGCCGGUUGAAUGGCGAGACGAUAUGAACACUCCAAUGAUUGAUCCGUUUAAAGUGCGCACUGGCAUGGCACCAACUAUUGCCAAGGAGCUGUUGGCCAUUUUGGAGAAUGUCGUUGAGUAUUGCCGAGAAUUAUUGAGCGAGGCAGGAACUGAGAGCAACGAGCCAAACGCGACGAAUUAGUUAAUUUGUUCAUUUUUAGGGAAGCUAAUUUUG